UAACCUUGGGGCGAGUAUCAAGUAUGUUGGCCAGCUUAAGAAAGUUGGAAAGGAAGGGAAACCACUGAACACUAGUGCGAUCCUAUCUGCUGCCUACGAAUUACCGUAUACUUCAGGAUGCAUAUUUCUGUUUGGAGUCCUAUUCUUUCAAUCCUACGCAAAUCAUCCAGCUGUCGUAGUUUAAACCUAGUUCGGCACUUUGAACCAGAAAAGCUCAAUGGAGUUGGCAAUAAUUACAGAAACAAUCGUCUUCCAAAGUCGUAUGAAAGGAUGAUGCAACCCAUUUUUCAUAGACUUGGUCCACCAAACUUUUUCCGCUCAAAAAUGAACACUAUUUUACUUUCUCGCAGAGAAAGAAAAAUGUCAGAAUCCGUUAGAAUGUCUACUCCAGAAGGUCGAGCACUGGUUUUUAAAAGGCUUAUUGACAGAAGACGAUAUCUAUGGCCGCAUGCUUAAUGGACCACCAUUUGAUAGUAGUUUCAUUGAAAAAUCUUCCUGUGAACCCUGAUCAAACUCUUUGGCUUUGUUAUUAUCAAAAAAUAUAAAUUACUUAUUGAAAUGUUAUU